GUGUCUUUGUUUCAAUGUUAUUGUGGACAAAAUGCACGCACAUAAAAUUGUUAUUCAAUGUCUGAAUGUACCAAUGGACAAAAAUCGUUUCUAUUGCUCGGAAUGAACGCACAUGUACCCAAUAUAACUCGUCUCGAAUAUCGUAGACUUAAAUAAAGUCAUUUGUAUCGAGAAAACAAACAUCGUGAAGAAGAACUCAAGCGAAUCCACACGCACAUUCUCUCGACUUUUAAAUAAAUUCUCAAGGAACGAAUUUUUUCAUUGGACAUAUUAAAUGUUUAAGCAUUUUUAUGAUUUCAAGUUGUUGCUAAAUAAUCCAGCAAAUAUUGUACAAUGACUGAAUGACGACACCGAGCAGAAAACCGAUGAAUAAACACCAAGACUGGAGUGACAUAAAAUGAACUUGGCAUCAUCAUGAACGUUGAGAGACUUGAAGAGCUUCAAGAGCUACGUAAAAGUGGCGAAUUAUCUGAUAUUUGUGUGACAGUAAACGAAAUCGACUUUCAUUUACACAAAUUUCCACUGUUUUUAAACUCAGAAUUCUUUCGCGCGCUUUGCAGGAGCGCCAUGACAGACAAAAAUCGUGUCGUACUGCCAAUGUUUCCCGGUGGUAAUAAAGUAUUCAGCUUAAUAGCAGACUACUGCUACGGACUUAAAAUCGACAUUAAUACAAGCAAUGUGGUCGAGUUGCGCUGUGCUGCAGAAUUCCUACAGAUGAGACCUUUGGCCAAAGAUGCCGAUAUCACAAUAGCUGAGAUUUUAAAUUCCAAGCCAAGUUGCGCAGCCAGCUUGAUCACAUCCGCUUGUAUGAUGGGCGAGUGCGCAAAUCAAACAAAUAUACUCUCUCUAUGCUACGAUACUGCCAUAUUGCUGAUCAAAAAACGUAGCCACGAUUGUUCACGUAUUUUUCAAAGUAUACUACAGCUUCCUGUACUUUGGUUCAUCCACUUUGUCAUUUCUGCAAGAGAUGCGGGCAUUAAGGUGAUCGAAAUAGCAAGGCUUGCGGGCGAAUACAUAGACAAGAUCACGAGAUGCAACAUGGAUGACAUUUUGGAGUUUUUAAAACGGGAAAUGCCUGACGAGGGAAGAUCAGAAACGAUAGCCGUAAAAGACCUCGCAGAUAUUGUAGAUGGAAUAUUGUUAGAGCUGCCAUUUUUCGACCUCAGUGAAGUCAUGAAAUGUGACGUGCUCUGUUUGCUCUACAGACUGGCGGUAAAUCUAAAGAUUAAAUCCGAGACCCUCUUGUUAACUGCGCUAUCCUCGUGCGUUCACAAAAUACCACAGGAGCUUAUGGUUACUAUGACAACGCGUGACGUCAUCAACAUAAUCGAGCACACAAUACACGAGGGCCUGACGUGUGUAAACGAACUCAAUGACACUAUCGACAACUAUCUUAGAGAACGAGUUCGAAAAGAAGACAUUACUUUGAAGGAGUUUCACGUUCUUCUACGAACGUUAUCGAAGUUACACCGACAGCAGCAUGACACGAUCCUUUUAAUAGCCGAAGAAUUGUUCUCAAGGUCCAAGUUUUCAAUGAAACACAAAAUGGAAACAUUAGAGCUACUAGACAAGUACAGGAUACACGAAGAGACGCUACGGGAAAUAUCGGAAAGAAACGUCAUCCCGUCAAGUUUCGUAGUUAGUUCGGCUCUUGCCAUCGCAUCCCGACUGCGCAACCAUCUAAGCGAAGCGAAAGAGUCAUUGAAAGAGAAGACGCGGGAAAGUCGCGAGUUCCACGCGAGUAUCAGGGACGCCAUUUGCGGUCAAUGGAAAGACAAUGAAGUCAAGUUAAACGUCAACACAACUGAUCCAAAUAACACUCGUGUUCAGUUUGCAAAGGUGUUGCCACAAGAAAACAUAAUGAGAAUUGAGCACGAGGUGUAUGAUGGGAAGGUAACACUUUGCGUGCAGUCUCGCGCGACAUCCCGGCAAUCAAACGGAGCGAUGGUUAAGAAAUUUCUUUUUGAUCCAUUUGACGAACGAUUAAUAGAAAUAACGCAAUCCAAACAUAACAAUUUGAUUGUGGGAGAACAUUAUGAGAAAACAAAACACAACCAACCUUAUUGGCCUUUUGAUAAUCCUCCUUGAUCCAUAGGGAUACUUGUUUGUCCACAUGUUUCCGUACGCACAAACCUAUCGAAACGCAUUGAAGUAAGAUUAGACAUAAACAAUUUGUUAUAAUCAAGCAACAGAAAUGACUGAAUAUUAUACGUUUUUCACCAAGAUCAAACAAAAAAUAAGACACACUUUAUUAUAAAACUAUUGAAAUUAAGGAAUUACUCUUUCAUAUCAUACAAUGCUCAUUUAUAUCAUACAAUGCUCUUUCAUAUCAUACAAAGCUCAUUCAUAUCAUACAAUGCUCAUUUAUAUCAUACAAUGCUCUUUCAUAUCAUACAAUGCUCAUUCAUAGCAUACAAUGCUCAUUCAUAUCAUACAAUGCUCAUUUAUAUCAUACAAUGCUCAUUCAUAGCAUACAAUGCUCAUUCAUAUCAUACAAUGCUCAUUUUUUAUCAUACAAAGCUCAUUCAUAUCAUACAAUGCUCAUUCAUAGCAUACAUUGCUAAUUCAUAUCAAACAUUGCUCAAUGAUGAUAACGGAUGCUCAUUCAUAUCAUACAAUGCUCAUUCAUUUCACAUUUCACACAAAGCUCAUUUAUAUAAAAUAAGUAUAUUCUUUCACAGUAACUCAUCUUUCCUAUACGACUAGAAGUUAUAUUACCAUCAGCAAACUGCUCGGUUGAAGUAUCAAAAAUAAAGACUAGUCGUCAUAGACUCCAGUUAUGGCAUGGCUUUGGCAGGAAUCAUAAAAAUUCCUUUAUAUAGUCGAGAUAACAUCCCGGGAUGAAUAACAAUACUGCAAAGAUGUUCAUUUGCAAGAGGAAUUUCAAACUUCUACGAGUUGUAUACAAAAAAUAAAUACUUCAGAAAACAGAAAACAGCGAGGGCUUGUAUUUCUACUAACCUGCAAGCGAGAUACAAACAUUUCCUGACGAAAAUAUUACCGUGCUUCUUAAAACGACACGAGUUUCACAACUCGUAAUGUUAUACAUUUUUAUGUACAUUUAUUUAAGAAUAUUUGCACUACAAUGAAAAAUAAUGUUUUCAAUUCA